UGUGUUGCUGCUGCGCGACGGAGAAGUUCUAAACGCCCGAGAGUCAAGCACGAAUUUACUAAGCAUCGGCAAUGAUUCUUUCGACUUACAAUACUAUUCAGUCUGUAUUUUGCUGCUGCUGUUCAAUGCAGAAAAGACAGACGAGAACUGAGAUGAGUCUCGAAGAUGGUGCAGGCCUAAUGGGUAAUGGCUCACAAUACGACAGACAUUCUGUCUAUCCAUCAAACAGGUACCAGUCAAGCAGGUCACGAAGGAAGCCACCACCACCACCACCACCUAAUGAAGAAGAAGAAGAAAAUGAAAUGUGUGUUGUUGCGAUGUAUGACUUUUUGGCCAAAGAGGAAACUGAUUUAACUUUAUGCCAGGGAGAAGAAUACACAAUACUUCAUAAACAGGACCAGCACUGGUGGAAAGCAAGAGACAAAAAUGGGAAGGAAGGAUAUAUUCCCAGCAAUUAUGUUACAGAGAAACAUAAUAUGGAAGCUAAUGAGUGGUACUGCAAAAACUUAACGCGAGCUAAAGCAGAACAACUGCUUCUACAAGAGGGAAAGGAAGGUUCGUUCAUUGUAAGAGACUCGAGUCAACAAGGUUGUUACACAGUGUCUGUAUACACCAAAGCUUUAAGCACAACAAAUAAAGGUGAUAUCAGACAUUAUCAAAUAAAACAGAAAGGCACAGGCCAAUAUUUUCUAGCUGAAAAACAUAUUUUCAGAUCAGUUCCUGAGGUUAUUUACUACCAUCAGCACAAUGCAGCAGGUCUUGUCACAAGACUCCGGUAUCCUGUUGGUCCAAUGGGAAAGUGUGUUCCAGCAACAGCAGGAUUCAGUUAUGAAAAAUGGGAAGUAAGUCCUUCAGAACUGACCUCUAUGAAAGAGAUAGGGAGUGGACAGUUUGGAGUGGUGUACUUAGGAAAAUGGAGAGCACUUUGCAAAGUUGCAGUUAAAACAAUUAAUGAAGGAUCCAUGUCUGAAGAAGAUUUCAUUGAAGAAGCUAAAGUCAUGACAAAGCUGUCUCAUCCUAAAUUAGUUCAGCUAUAUGGAGUAUGCAUGAAACAGAGGCCAAUAUGCAUAAUCACAGAGUUUUUGGAAAAUGGCUGCCUCCUCGAUUUUCUAAGGCAGAAGAUGGGCCAUUUGACAAAGGAAUGCUUGCUAGCCAUGUGCCAGGAUACUUGUGAAGGAAUGGAGUAUCUUGAAAACAAUGGAUUUAUCCACAGAGACCUGGCAGCACGAAACUGUUUAGUAAGUGAAAAGCAUGUGGUGAAGGUCUGUGAUUUUGGAAUGACAAGAUUUGUUCUUGACAAUGAGUACAUUAGUUCCACGGGCUCAAAAUUCCCAGUAAAAUGGUCACCCCCUGAAGUUUUUCAUUAUAGUAAAUAUAGCAGCAAGUCAGAUGUAUGGUCAUAUGGAGUGUUGAUGUGGGAAAUCUUCACUGAGGGCAGAACACCUUUUGAGAAUAAAUCAAAUCCUGAAGUAGUGGAUGAAAUCACACAAGGUCAUCGCCUUUAUAAGCCAUAUUUAGCAUCUCGUGAUGUAUACCAAGUUAUGUACAGCUGUUGGCAUGAGAAACCAGAAAGCAGACCUUCAUUUGCCGAAUUGUUGAACAGCAUCAAAAGGAUAGCAGAAGGUGAAUUCUAGGACAAGAUUCAUCACAGCAUUUCGUAUAGAAUGGAGUAUAGUUUGGCUUUUCAACACUAGAAAAUCUAGCACAAAUUAGUGUAGCACUGUAGUCUCAGGGAAGUUCAAAAUGUAAAAAUGUCUUUUUUUUCCUGUUGUGCCCACAAUGAAUGUGCUCGCAAUAAAUACUGUCUUGCACAGCCUGUUGUGAUCACAGAAUAUAUGCAAUAAAGAUAUUUAUGUAAGAGUCACUUACUGUAAUAAUGUAAAGAACUGUAUAAUGUAUAUUUGUAGAAUGCUUUGUGUCAAUACAGACAGUUAAUAGUGAUAUAAAAACAGUAAUUAUUACAUAA